ACUCGACUUAUGCACUUGCGCAGAGUCCCGCUCGGCUCUGUCACGUGACUUAUUAGACACGCCUUUCACUACUUAACAUGGUGGUUAAAAGUUAAAAUAAUAAUAUUUAAUUAUUUACCAGAUAGAUAAAUAAUGCUUUAAUAGCUGACGAUUUUAGAAAAAUAAAAUUAAUAAUAUGCUAUUAAAUUUAUUGCUUACCUAACAGAUGUGCGGGACCGCGAGGCUCUGCCUUGCGCACAAUCAUGACAAGUCGAUAUCUGCUAUCUCGUUUGUUCGUCAUUACCAUCCUUCUGCAUCUCAACCAACAAACCGCAAUUAAUUCAGAAAAAUUCUUAGAUUUGACUGUUCGAGAGCCUGCAGGAUCAUGUCCCGUACGUUACGUCCCGGAACCUUUGGAUCCUCUACCAGCUUCUAUGGAGAAUGCAUUGAAGGAGUUUGAAAAUGCUCUUAAUUUGCAAAUCAACAAAACAUUACGGCAACCUCAUUUUCGACAAAUCGAUGAACGUCUUUCCGUUCAAAUGAUGCCCGUCUGCAAUCAACAGUUGCAUGACAUUGAUGAUGAAGGGAUGCCGUCUUUGUCCACCAAAUAGUCAGACAGUUCGCUGUCGUUCAUUUCAUCUACGCGUUUACUUUCGUUAGGAUUGAAUGGGGCUACAGCUGCCAUCAUGAAGGUUGCAGUU